GUGAGCUGGACGUUGGUCUUCUGCCCGUGAACUAAAUUACACCAUCAGCUUUCCUGGGUCUUCAGCUUGCAGACGGCAGAUCGUGGGACUUCUUAGUCGCUGUAAUCAUGUAACAUGCAUUUAACAGUGGCCUUCUGGAGACAACAUCUUAACCCAAAGAAGUGACUCGUGACUUGAACGGUGAGAACUUCAGAAUCAUUUAAUCUUGACAACAGCCCUGUGAUUUAGAGAUGGUAUUAUCCCCAUUUUUCUGGUAGGAAACUGGGACCUCAAGAGGUUGUAUAACUAAAACAGUAUCAUAAAGUUUGCCAUCCUAUUGGUGGUAUGUCUGACAGUGGAUCACAACCUGGUUCAAUGGGUAGCCUGACCAUGAAAUCACAACUUCAGAUCACUGUCAUUUCAGCAAAACUUAAAGAAAAUAAAAAGAAUUGGUUUGGACCAAGUCCUUAUGUGGAAGUCACAGUAGAUGGACAGUCAAAGAAGACAGAAAAAUGUAACAAUACAAGCAGUCCCAAAUGGAAGCAACCCCUUACAGUUAUCGUCACCCCAAUGAGUAAAUUACAUUUUCGUGUAUGGAGUCACCAGACACUGAAAUCUGAUGUUUUGUUGGGAACUGCUGCAUUAGAUAUCUAUGAAACAUUAAAGUCCAACAAUAUGAAACUUGAGGAAGUAGUUGUGACUUUACAGCUUAUAGGUGACAGAGAGCCAACAGAAACAAUAGGAGACUUGUCAGUGUGUCUUGAUGGGCUGCAAUUAGAGUCUGAAGUUGUUACCAAUGGUGAAACUGCAUGUUCAGAAAGUGCUUCACAGAAUGAAGAUGGCUCUAGACCCAAGGAUGAAACAAGAGUGAACACAAAUGGAUCUGAUGACCCUGAGGAUGCAGGGUCUGGUGAAAAUAGGAGGGUCAAUGGGAAUAAUUCUCCAUCACUCUCAAAUGGUGGUUUUAAACCUUCUAGGCCCCCAAGACCUUCACGACCACCUCCACCUACUCCACGCAGACCAGCAUCUGUCAAUGGUUCACCUUCUGCCACUUCUGAAAGUGAUGGAUCUAGUACAAGCUCUCUACCUGCAACAAAUACAAAUUCAAAUACAUCUGAGGGAACAACAUCUGGGUUAAUAAUUCCUCUUACUAUAUCUGGAGGCUCUGGCCCUAGGCCAUUAAAUCCUGUACCCCAAGCUCCCUUACCACCUGGUUGGGAGCAGAGAGUGGACCAGCAUGGGCGAGUUUACUAUGUAGAUCAUAUUGAAAAAAGAACAACGUGGGAUAGACCAGAACCUCUGCCUCCUAACUGGGAACGCAGAGUUGACAACAUGGGACGUAUCUAUUAUGUUGACCAUUUCACAAGAACAACCACGUGGCAGAGGCCAACAUUGGAAUCUGUCCGGAACUAUGAACAGUGGCAGCUCCACCGUAGUCAGCGUCAAGGAGCAAUACAGCAGUUUAAUCAGAGAUUCAUUUAUGGGACUCAAGAUUUGUUUGCUACAUCACAAAAUAAAGAAUUUGAUCCCCUUGGGCCCUUGCCACCUGGAUGGGAGAAGAGAACGGACACCAAUGGUAGAGUAUAUUUUGUCAACCACAACACUCGUAUUACCCAAUGGGAAGACCCCAGAAGUCAAGGUCAAUUAAAUGAAAAGCCCUUACCUGAAGGCUGGGAAAUGAGAUUCACAGUGGAUGGAAUUCCGUAUUUUGUGGACCACAAUAGAAGAACAACCACCUACAUAGAUCCCCGCACUGGAAAAUCUGCCCUAGACAAUGGACCCCAGAUAGCCUAUGUACGGGACUUCAAGGCAAAGGUUCAGUAUUUCCGGUUCUGGUGUCAGCAACUGGCCAUGCCACAGCACAUAAAGAUUACAGUGACAAGAAAAACACUGUUUGAGGAUUCCUUUCAGCAGAUAAUGAGCUUCAGUCCCCAAGAUCUGCGAAGACGUUUGUGGGUGAUUUUUCCAGGAGAAGAAGGUUUAGAUUAUGGAGGUGUAGCAAGAGAAUGGUUCUUUCUUUUGUCACAUGAGGUGUUGAACCCAAUGUAUUGCCUGUUUGAAUAUGCAGGGAAGGACAACUACUGCUUGCAGAUAAACCCCGCCUCUUAUAUCAAUCCAGAUCAUCUGAAAUAUUUUCGUUUUAUUGGCAGGUUUAUUGCCAUGGCUCUGUUCCAUGGGAAAUUCAUAGACACAGGUUUUUCUUUGCCAUUCUACAAGCGCAUCUUGAACAAACCAGUAGGACUCAAGGAUUUAGAAUCUAUUGAUCCAGAAUUUUACAAUUCUCUCAUCUGGGUUAAAGAAAACAAUAUUGAAGAAUGUGGUUUGGAAAUGUAUUUCUCCGUCGAUAAAGAAAUUUUAGGUGAAAUCAAGAGUCACGAUUUGAAACCAAAUGGCGGCAAUAUUCUUGUAACAGAAGAAAAUAAAGAGGAAUAUAUCAGAAUGGUAGCUGAAUGGAGGUUGUCUCGAGGUGUUGAAGAACAGACACAAGCUUUCUUUGAGGGUUUUAAUGAAAUUCUCCCCCAGCAGUAUUUGCAAUACUUUGAUGCAAAGGAGUUAGAGGUCCUUUUAUGUGGAAUGCAAGAGAUUGAUUUGAAUGACUGGCAAAGACAUGCCAUCUACCGUCAUUACACUAGGACAAGCAAACAGAUCAUGUGGUUUUGGCAGUUUGUUAAAGAAAUCGAUAAUGAGAAGAGAAUGAGACUUCUACAAUUUGUUACUGGAACCUGCCGAUUACCAGUUGGAGGAUUUGCUGACCUCAUGGGGAGCAAUGGACCACAAAAAUUCUGCAUUGAAAAAGUUGGGAAAGAAAAUUGGUUACCCAGAAGUCAUACCUGUUUUAACCGCCUGGACCUGCCACCCUAUAAGAGCUAUGAGCAACUGAAAGAAAAGCUGUUAUUUGCAAUUGAAGAAACAGAAGGAUUUGGACAAGAGUAACUUCUGGAAACUUGCACCACCAAAGGACAAGAACUUGUUUGCAAUGUUUGUCCUUUUCCUUCUCUGCCUUUGCACAUCUUGUUGUAAAAUUGGACUGUGACUGUUUAGAGAGUUAUCUGAGUGUAAGUAAAUUAAUGUUAUCAUUGAGAUUUAUCUCCCAGUGAUUCUGGAUUUUUACUCAAAUGUUUCCAGAAAUCAGAUCUGCAAAUGACUAGUCAAAACCUUACUUAACAUGAGAUUUAACACAACAAUGAAAUCUGCCUUGUUUUAUUCCACUAGAUUAUUUCCUUAAUUAUGUAUAUGUGUAUCAGAAGUCUCACUCUUUUACAUCCUAGAACAGUAACAGAAACAUUGUUAACCUCGUGUGUGUGUGUGUGUGCUCUAACACUGCCGUCCUACAGCAGACUUGAUGCAAGUGACAGGAUCACCUCGUCCAGAAGUUGUCAGCACAAAGGGGAGGCGGUUAGGGUCUGCCCAGCCCUACAUUCAUUUGCUUUUUUAUGCCACCUACUCCAGAAAAUGUAUGUGGUAUUGUCUCUUAAAGCCCUAGUUUUUGUUUGUUUUGUUUUGUUUGUUUGUUUUUUUCCCAGAGUCAAGGCUCCACCUUUCCAUUGGUAGGGGAAAAAAAUGCUAUUGCUUUGUCUUACGGAGCGAAUGUCUGCCCCCUACCCAUUUAUUGUAUUGAAUUUUGGUAACAUAAGGCUAUGGAAAUUAAGCCUUCUAUAAAGACUUCCUAUAGAGGUGAAUUCUCAUAUUGAAAUGUAGUUACCUGCAAUAUUUACUAGAGAUUUAUGAGAUUAAAUUAAGAGAUAAUGUAAGAAAGUAGACUUUUUUGGUUCUACAUAAUGCUUCAUGAUUCAUUUAGGGACCUAGAAAUAUUGUGUGAAAAUGUAUAAAUAUCAUCCAAAAGGCUUUCUGCCCUAUAUAUUUUUAAAAUACAGAAUAGUUAUAUUUUAAGUAGCCCCGGCCCUAGUUCUAUAGGGCUUGGCUAUUUAAUAUUUUUAUGCAAGAAACAUUUAGUUCUGGAAAAGGUAAAUGCUUGUAUAUAUUUUUGCAGCCUGGGAUCUCCCUUACUGCAUUUCUUUCUUUAAUUUAAGUGGCCACAUGUAUAUGUCUUCCUGCUGUGUUAGAAAAAUGGGGGCUGGAUAUCCCAAGAAUCAGAGGUUUUAUAAAAAGACUGCAGAUAGACAACAGACAUAAAUAUCUACCAAAUGCUAUCUUAAAUUUUGGUCCAAACUGAACAUUUGGAAAUAGAUUUAUUGUAAGUGUUUAAUUAGAGUGAUUUCUUAAAUAUGAACUAAAUUGCUUUUAGAGUCCUUUUUCUUUGUCAGCAUUGUAAAUGCUAAUAAAUUGUUAAUUUUUUUAACUGCAUGUUAUGUUGAAAUAAAAACAAAGUAAAAUGAGCAAUUGCCUUAUUCUUUUGCUCUUUUGGGAGGUUGGGGAAAGCAGCGUUUCACAGCCUGGGUCAGUAUGGAAGGACCUCAAUUGUUUCAUCAAACAGAGUGGUUUAAAACUGACCCAGCUGCUUAUAAUAAUGAAGUCCUACUUUGUCUUUUAUGAUCUUAUAUUGUACAGAAGAAUCUAACUUUAUAAGACUUACAAUAACUCUAUUUAAAAUCGAGGCACUAAUUUUUCACCAAAAGAUUGACAUACUAAUGUUGAUUCAUCAGAAAUUUAAGUGAAACAUGACUCACCUGCCCACAGAGGUCUCAUGCUAAAUGAGCUGUUUUAGUCAGUCCUGCCCUGCCACUUUUUCUUUAUCUGGUUAAUCAUCUAAAAUGUUAUCAGGGAUGACUCAGAAUUAAGACUUAUCUAUAUUUAUAUCCCUCCUUGGUUUGGAUGUAACUCUCAUUUAAACUCCUUAAGAUUAAAUAUUUCUGUUUAAUAGUUGGUAUCUCCAGCCCCCUCAUUUUUUUUUCUCUUUUAGAGUUAUUUACAAGUUUAUUUGUAUAUAUGCUAUGCUUUCAUUAACUAAAAACGGAAUAGUAUCACUGGAUUGUAUAUUACUGUAUUGGCAUUCCUUUUUUUUCCCUUGAACUGUAAAUUCAAAUACUCAGGUAACUCUUCAGAUAUCACAGGGAGUCAAGUGCUCUUAUAAAGGUCCCUCAGGGGCUGCCUCACUUGCAUUUCCUUAAAAGAUGUAAGACUGUUUAUAAUUAAAGUUUUUUGGUCUUUCAUUUGCA